AUGGAGUCGACACUUGACGACCUUAACUCGUUUGACCCCUUUUACCAGCAGGAAAACAUUGUGGACCGCAUCAAGGGGAUCUUAAACGACUAUGACCCCUCGAAUAUCUUCAACGAGUUCCUGCAGAACGCGUCCGAUGCCGGCGCGACAGAGUGUCAUUUCCAACUGGACAUGCGGUCGUUUGGCACGGAGAAGGUGUUCAGUGACCAAAUGGCUGCCUGGCAAGGACCCGCGCUGAUUAUCUACAACAACGCUGAGUUCUCUGAUAAGGACUUUGAGGCUCUUUGUAAACUUGGAAUCGGAAACAAGAAGGAUGAUCCUUCCAAGAUUGGGCGCCAUGGACUGGGCUUCAACUCUGUCUAUCAUUUCACGGAUGUGCCAAGCAUCGUCAGUGGGCCUUAUAUCGGCUUCUUUGACCCCCAGAUGACCAACUUGCACAAGAGCCGAGACCGCAAUGGAACCUCCGUCGCUAAGGGUGGGCAUCGAUGCGAUUUCCGGAAGCUCAGCAUGGAGACAUUUGGAGAUCAGUUGAAACCUUACAUGGGGUUCUUUGGGUGUGAUAUGAGGUCACAUUUCAAAGGCACACUCUUCAGGAUUCCUUUGAGGAUGAGACCCGCCAAGUCUUCUGCGUCGAAGGCAGGAGUGAGAUUCAAAUCGACCGCUGCUGUUGCUGGAGCAGGGGUUGGAGGCGUUGAGUGGUCGGUGGGCCAGAUCCAGAAAAUGAUGGAGAAGUGGAUUGCAGAUGCAAAGGUCGGGAUGCUGUUCCUGAAGAACGUCAAGACCAUUCGAAUCUCAGAUGGGUUCAAGCUUGAGGUGAUGGUCCAGAAAGAGCUCCUCGAGCCUUCGAACCCGAAUGCACCCAGCCUGCCAGGUUCCGUGUUCAAGAUUGAUGUCUCCCCCGAUGUGUCCAAGCCGUCUGAAAACGUAGCGAGCUCGCAGUGGCUGGUCUGCUGUGAUGAUGCCUUCCCUUCCGAUACUCCUUCGCCAAUCCACUGCCUUGCAGCCAAGAGACACUGGAGCCCUCACUGUGGCGUGGCGAUCAAGUUCCAGGACACAGAUGGCUCCAAGUUCCACAGCAAGCUCUUCGUCCACCUUCCUACCCCCAUUUCAACCGGUCUCCCAUUCCACAUCCAUGGCGAUUUUGCUCUGACAUCAAGCCGCAAGAGCCUGGCUGGGAGCAAGGAGGAGGAGGACGAGAAGCGUAUCUGGAACUCAUUUCUGAUGGAGAAAUGCUUGCCGCGGACCGCCAUCCGAGCCAUGGAGCACCUCUUUGCAAUGUGCUUUUUACAUCCGUCAAGUCCGGGUCGUAACCGCAAGGGAUUCAACUCGGCCACUGCUGGGUACUUCGAACACUGGCCUUCCAGUUCUACCGUGGAGUUUCAACCAUUCCUGAAGGCCUUCUUACGUCAGACCUACUUCUCCCGAGUUUUCCCAUGCCCUGGAGCCACAGCCGUGUUCCCUAUGCAGCUGAAAGCAGGAUGUCACGCGAUCCUUCCUGGGCCUGUUACCAUCCCCCUUGAGCUAGAGACGAAGGUCGUUCGAUGGCUGUUCAAAAGAAACAGAGCCGUUUGCAUCGUUCCAAGUCUGGUCAUGUCGGUCAUCGAGGCUGAAUGGAGCAAAGAACCAAAGUUUUCACACGAGCAGGUCGAUGGAGACUUUAUCCGGAAGAGCCUUCGAGAAACCCCUGACUACAUCAAGAACAACAUGAAGACCCGUGCCGAGAGGGAGUGGAUCUUGGGAUGGGCGUUCCAGCCUGUUAUAACCCCGGAGGUACGAGUCUCGGUGACUUCGGACGACAUUCAAAUCAUACCACUGCUCAACGGAGAGUGGAUGCGACUCAAGAGAGGGAAGAAGGAGUGCUAUGUUCCGUCACAGCUUGAGCGAAGCCUUCUCAAAGCCAAGGACAUUCUAGUCGACACAGACGUCUUCAGCACCGUUGAGCUCGAUCUUGCUUUAGAUCAUUUGAUCGAGCGCGACCAGCACAACGUUGGAUCACUGCCAGCUGAAAUCUUUGCAACAAGAUUCCUCAAGGAGAACCCUGGCGGAGUGACGGAUCAGCAGUUGAAGCAGCUUUGGGACUACCUCGAGGCGGAGUACAAGUACGAGAACCUCGACGCGUUUUAUGACUUUCCGAUCCUCAGGACCUUUCACGGCACUAUCACGACACUUGGUAAGGCGACGAGGGGCUUCCAAAUCUCUGCAUUGCCUUCCCAGUUUUUUGUGUUCAUGGACUUGCUCCGGGAUCUUGACAUCACAGUCUAUAGCUCGGAGACGCACAGGAGCCACAAGUUCUUCAAGGACUAUUGUCAGGCGUACUCGGGACUUCGACUUCUUGAGGCCAUCGUCACCCAUUGGAACGAUCUGUCAACAAAUCGAGUGUUCAGCAUGACGGAGGCCAAAGGGAUGCGAGAGCUCGUGCUAGACUGCAGAGACACAAUCAAGAGCAGCUUUAUAUCCGGCAUUGGUCGCCUCCCAAUCUGGACGACUCUAGGAUCGACAGAUACCUCUCCAUUGAUCGUAGCCAAAGGUGCCUACUUCCCGAAGGGCAACAUGAACUUGAACAAGUUCGGAGCAUUCCCCACGGUCCUCAGUCGGGUCGACGUUCAGACCUUCAAGUCGAUAGGUGCUGCUAAGCUUAAUGUGCCCAUUGCCUUGACACAGUUCGUCCUCCCCAAGUUCCACGAUGGAACGCUCAAUUAUGGUGGCGAAAUCAAGGCCGCCUACUUGGAUCUGUUGUCGAAUCUGUUUACGUCCAGCAAGCGCAAAGGGAUGGAAGCAAAUGCAGCGAAGGGCGUCAUCCGCACUGCGCGAUGCUACGUGGCUCGGGAUGGAUCGUUUCACUCUUGGGGGGAAUUGUUCGUUCCGGGGGAGGCAUUGACGGAGAUGAUGUUUGCAGGUCAAUUCAACGUAUUUGCGGACGAGGAGAUGGCCUCGUUGAUGGCGCGGCUCUCCAUGGAAUCAAACCUUCGUUCGUCGAGCAGCAGCCCCGAUCUGGUCGUCCGUUGCGCGAAGACGUUAUUGGAGGAAAUGGCGAAUGGAACAGCCGAUCAGACAACAACACGAACGCGGGCGGAGCAGCUGAUUCAGUAUCUCUACAAACACCCUGAUGCCGGCGGAGAAGACUGGAUGGAUCCCAAGUGGAAGUUCGUACCGCGUGAAGCCAACCUUGAGUGGCCGUACGAUGAGUUGGCACCAGACCUGCCUCUCUACAUGGCCUUCUCAGAGCUUGUCGGCCCUUCGACCCGGGAGGUUGCCUGGACACAAUGCGGAUUCUUCCCUGCUGAGCUACAGCCUUCCCAUGCCUUCAAAGCACGAUUCCCCACUGUUCGCACAACAAACUUGAAGCUUCCAGACGUCCUCAGGCACCUGAAUGUUUUGGUCAAAGAUAUCGCGCCAACAUGGAAGUCGACCGAAAAACAGCUCAGGCUGAAGGCGAUAUUGCUCAACAUCUACGGCACCAUCGACCAGUAUGUUGGCAGCUCCAUUAAGCACCACACAUGGGCGGUGCGGCGCGCGACAGAAUUUCUCGAGUGUCCGUACAUUCUGAACGGCAACGACAAGGACUCCAGCGACCCGAGCUCAUGGCUCUGGCCUAAGCAGCUCAUGUUCGGAAUCGUCGACGACAUCCCGCCUCAUUACGCCGCCAACCCGGUUUUGCACCAAUAUCAGAAUUUUUUGAUUGCCUUUGGCGCGAAGAAGAUUCAGCCUGCAGAGCGCCCUGUUGAUGUGGCAGUUAGUCGGGUGCGUGGAUACAUGGAGAACCUGGUGUGGCGCUGUUUCAAGACCCAAGAUCAGGAGACCGGAUUCAUGGAUGUUCGGUUCGAGUUCCAGAAAGGGUCGCAUAUCCGGGCCCACAAGAUUGUCUUGGCGACGGCGAGCGAGUUUUUCUCACUAAAGUUCAAGAAUGACUGGGCAUUCGACUCGAGGUGGCCCAGUGAUAUGGGAGUGCAGUCCAUUUGUCUGUCGAGUUAUGGCGAUAUCAGGGAUGGAUUCUGGGGGCUGCUGCACUACUUUUAUUCCGACACCCUGAUCCCACCCAAUGUAUCACCACUUUUUGACCACGAGGACGACCAGGGACCGAUGGGCGAUGGCGAGAGUGGCGGCAAAUCCACCAAAGACAAGGACGGUAGCUCGGCAGAUGAUGAUGUUGUUCAUAUUGAGAUCCUGGAGCCAGUGGACAAGCUGUCAGAGAGAUUGCAGUAUCUGAUGAAGAUACAGCAUGUCGCCCACCGGUUCGUGGCCACCCGACUCAAGGAUCUGAUUGCCAAGGAGUUGAUCGAGGGACAGAAGGUGGUCCACAGCAACGUAUUCGCCAUUCGAGGACAUGCGGAGCGCAACGGAGCGGAGAAUGUCCGGGACCACUGUAACAAGUUCAUCGAGAAUAAUAGGGCCUGUGUGUUGGAGCAUGUCCAUAACGAGAUCCAUAUAGUGGAAGGCAAGUUGGAGGCGUUGGAUGGACAGUGGAAAGGAAAGGCUGGGAAGGAUACCAACGAUGACAAGCUUGGGCUCUCAGAAUCGUGGUCUGAUAUCUACGGCAAUGGAGGAUCGAAUGAUAGCUUUGAGGAUGUUGAUUGGGAUGCCAAAGAGGUCAGUUGGGCGGAAUCUGGAAGGGGACGGACUGCCACCGGUUAUUGGGAGGACGAGGAUGAGGAUGAGGAUGCGAUUGAUUGUGCAGGCAGGGCGGACCGCUUGCAAGUGUUGCUCAAUGAUAGACUUCGGGAGCUGCAGAGGAACCAGAAGGAGUUGCUCAUCGAGCCUUAG